ACUCUGGGAUUACUGAUGAGAGAGUUGACGAGAGUGCACAAACCGAGGGAGCUCGAACCUGAACCAUUUGUGGGGAGGACGAAAGAACGGAUUGGGGAGGUGGAGGCGGAAGAACAAAAGCAAGGGGACGACAGAAGGCGGAAUAACUUUUACCUGGCUUUACUGACUAAAAUGGAUUGAUUGGAAGCAGGGUCUGUGCAGUAACCUGAGGGGACCGCUGAAACUCGGCACCAUCUAUCAUGUUGGUCUGCCCUCUGUUUUAUUACUGGCCGCCGAUGACACCACCUUAUAUCAGAUAGGAGUGUGUGCUGUGCUUGCACGCCUCACCUACACACUCGGCCCUCACGCAGGGGGAUAUUAGUCCUGCCACCUUGGUACCGCUGUUUCUCUCAGUGCUCUGUGUGUAUGUGUGUGUGGAAGUUCAAGAUAGAUAGCAGGUGUCUGUGUGUGUUCAGGCCAUGUGCAGCAGAGCGAGGCAUGCUCUUAGAAGUCUAGACAUAUCGCAUCCGUUCAGAUGUUACCGAUUUUUUAUUAAUAUUUUUUCACUGGCUCAGGACUGACUUUUAACAUUUGAUGUCUGUUGUUGCUUCUGAUUGGAUUCUGGAUGUCUUCAAGUUCGUAUACCGUGAGAUGUGUACUUCUGCUCUGAUUGGUAAAGGAAAAAACUACAGCAUUGUCUUUGUAGGCAAGCAGAAGAUCAGAGUGGAAUAAGGUUGCUGAGGUUGGCAUUCCCCCCCUUCUUCUUCACAAAGCCUAGCCCAGAUCUAUUUGUCAUUUUUGCCAUUUUGCGGCUUACCUUUUCAUUCCCGCAUACUUUUCAUGUAGCUUUGUGAAUGAGUCACCUCACCCAGAUGGAACCCGGCAUCGAUCGGUAUUGACGCUUGUUGCUACACUCGAGCAGUGUUGUGAAAAUAAGUCUUGGCAUUUACCAAGCUGGGCGUCGCCGGACUCGAACCCGAGCAAGUGUACUUCAGGAUGAGAACUUCUGAGAGCGGAAGUCGGCGACAGUAAGAAACGAGACUCUCGAUCGCGUGUAUGUGCCGAUCAUUAUCGAGGUGCAGAACUAAUUAACCCGCGCUCUGGUUGUUAAUAGGAGGCUUGCAUAGGAGUGCAAGCGAAAUUAUGCAGCCUUGAAGUUGUUCCCCCCCUCUCUCUUCUCAAAUGAGAAAGUUGGAGGGCUUUAAUUUGCAGAUAUCAGUUAUAGCUCCUGCUGGAGUGUGUGAGUGAGGUGAUGAGAGUUUGAACAGCCGGGUGAAGUGUUUUAAUUAGCUGAAACCUUACGCUCUGCUGCUGCGCCACUGUAGGAGUGGCAUCUAGUGGUUGAAGUUUAGCCGAGUCUCAGCUGGGUGGCGAAGCAAAGUGUGUGAGUGUGCGUGUGUGUGUGUAUGUGUGUGGCCUGGCUGAAGCCACAGAAGCCCCAUUGACCAGCCUACGACAGUCAAUAAACAAUGAGAGCAGGCCAGCGAUCUCGCCUCUUCUCUCGCUCCAUCACUGUCCUGCUCGUUCAGUCGUCCCUUCUGCUCUCCCUCUGCUCACGAGGCCAGGCGGUGCAGGCUGAGAAUGUAACAGUACUCGAGGGCGGCACAGCGCAGAUCUCCUGCCGCCUACAGAACUAUGACGGCUCCAUAGUGGUCAUCCAGAACCCGCGCAGGCAGACUCUGUUUUUUAACGGCACGAGAGCUCUGAAGGACGAGCGGUUUCAGAUGGUGCUCUUUACACCACGCCUGGUGCGCAUUACGCUGACUAACGUGAGCGUGUCUGACGAGGGUGGCUACUUCUGCCAGCUCUACACAGACUCCACGCACCACCAGGUGGCCACGCUUUCAGUGGUGGUUCCCCCUGAGGUACCCACUGUGGAGGUGAAGAGUGAGGCAGUGGAGGGUGGAGAGGUGGAGCUCACCUGCAUGUCAGAAAGAAGCAAACCUCCCGCUACACUGCGCUGGGUCCGGGACCGCCGCGAGAUUCCGGGUGUGGUGUCUCAGCAGGAGAACGGAAAGACAGUGAGCAUAUCCAACACCAUACGGCUUCCUGUGGAAAGGAAGGACAACGGUGCUGCUCUCAGCUGUGAGGCUUCUCACCCGGCCCUUGUGGGACAAAAGCGAGUCCGCCAUUACCGCCUGGAUGUCCACUUUGCCCCGACGGUGAGGAUCAGCCCCCCUCAGGGCAUUCUGCGAGAGGGGGACUCACUCAGCCUUGCUUGCAUUGUCACUGGAAAUCCACUGCCACGGGACAUUCACUGGUCGCGAGUAAAUGACACUCUGCCUGAGAGGGCAGAAAUUUCCGGCACCACCCUGGUCAUGUCACGCCUUAGCCAAACGCACAACGGCACCUACCUGUGUCAGGCGCACAACAAUUACGGCCGUGCAGCUGACCAGUACUCACUGCUGGUGUAUGAAAAUGUGUCUGUGUUUGUCAGUCCCACCUCCCAUCCCACCAUCUCCUCAUCCUCCCUCCCAUGGACACCAUCAGACCCUGGAGCAGUGGUGGAAACUCAUAGCGC